AUGCCUGAUUUCACGGAUAAUCUUCGCCCAAGCCAACCAGAUGGGCCAACAACACUAGGCCGUGAGCGUCAACAAUCCAACAUCGCCACUGAAGAGCUUGGACAGUAUUUGUUGGGCUCGGAUGGAUUUUUGGAACGACAAGCUCGGAUCCUGCCCAUCAUAGAACAAGAGCCACUUUUCUCCAAAGAACAACAACAAAACCUCUCCAGACCGGAAAGGUUCAAGCUAGGAGUUGCGCGGGCAAAACUCUUACGCCGAAUGAAAGACACGCAUAAAUGGAGCUACCUCGAAUACCAAAUGGCCGAGUACCUGGUCGACGACGUGUCACCUUACUUCCUGCACAUGGAGAUGUUUAUCACGACCAUCCGCGAACAGGCCAGUGAGGAACAGCAGGCGUACUGGCUGCCCCUGAUCGAGUCCUGGAAGAUCAUUGGUGCAUAUGCACAGACGGAACUGGGACACGGGAGCAAUGUCCGUGGCUUGGAGCUUGAGGCACGUUGGGAUAGCCGGACCAAGGAAUUCGUGCUGCAUAGCCCGACGCUUACGGCAAGCAAAUGGUGGAAUGGCAGUUUGGGCCGUUUAGCUAACCAUGCUAUUGUGGUCGCUCAAUUGCUUCUGCCGGAUCCUAGCUCGCUGGAUCAGUACAUUUCGCAUGGCCCUCAUCCGUUUAUUGUGCAGGUGCGGGAUAUGAAGACACAUCAACCGUUGAAUGGGAUUGUUGUUGGAGAUAUUGGGCCGAAAUAUGGCUACAUAACUAUGGACAAUGCGUAUAUGCUAUUUGACCAGUUCAGAAUCCCACACACUGCUAUGCUAUCCCGAUACUCAAAAGUCGACCCCAAAACAGGAACCUAUACCAAGCCAGAGCAGCCAGCUCUGAUAUAUGGAUCACUGACCUAUGUGCGGUCGAACAUGGUCCACCGCGCUAGACUCGUCCUCGCACGGGCAGCCACCGUUGCGGUGCGGUACAGCAGCGUGCGACGCCAGUUCCAAGACCGAGACGGCGACAAGAAGGGACCGGAAAUGUCCGUUUUGGACUAUCCAACUGUCCAAAUUCGGAUCCUGCCUCUUCUUGCCACGACCUUUGCACUUCACUACACAGGUCUUGCCAUGCAGGCAGUCUACAAAAAAGCACGACGGGAUAUCGAGAAGGGAGAUUUCCGUUCUUUGGCUCAUAUGCACAGCAUGUCUUCCGGAUUGAAGAGUCUGUGUACCAUCCUCGCUGCGGAUGGUAUUGAGACAUGUCGACGUGCCAUGGGUGGGCAUGGCUUUGGUGGUGGGAGUGGCUUGAUCCAGGUCAAUAAUGAUUACCUCUCCAAGCCCACUGUCGAGGGUGAUAAUUGGAUGAUUACACAGCAGGUUGCGGCAUACGUGAUUAAGAGGAUGACUGCUGCUGUCAAGUCGCCUGAUACUGCCGGGGUUGAUGAGACUGAUGCUCGAUUCAAAGAAUUCAUUCGCAAUAAGCGCCGGCCAGGAUCAGAGAAGCAGACAUACGAUAUCUUGAACAGUGAUUUUCACAUUGUUAAGAGCUUUGAGCUGAGAGCUACUGCCAUGGCAUACGAAGCAUACGAACAAAGAGUCAUCAAAGAACGGAACUGGAAUAGCCUUCUCAUCCAGCUUCACAAGUUAAGUCGCGCACAAUCCGAAUCGAUCAUCGUCGCGACCUUCUUCGAUGCCCUCUCUAACGACAAAGCCCUCUCAGAACCCAUCAAAACCGUCCUAUGGGACUGUUACCGUUUAUUCGCAUUAUACAUCUUCCGCACCAACGCCGUCUCCCAGGCAGAUCUGAAUUCCCUAGCCAGUCGAGUCCAAGAGCUGAUGGCACGUAUCCGUCCACACGCUGUGAAACUGGUUGACUCGUGGAUGAUUCCUGACUACUUAUUGGACAGUGCGCUGGGCCGGUACGAUGGCCAUGUUUACGAGGAUCUAUUUAACCGCGCCCAUCGGUUGAAUCCCUUGAAUAGGAUUACUUUCAAUCCGAAUUAUUGGGAGGAUGAGAUCGUGAAGGGGAGUGGGCAUAAUGGGCGUGGUAUUUUGUCGAAGUUGUAG